AGCUACAUGACUGUCACACUAGAAGAAAUUGUCGGGGUGAAGAUAGUGGAUUUCGCGUGUGACACGGUCGUGGUGCCAAUGACCUUUCAGUCAAGCAUCACUAUGUAAGCAAUUGUUGAAGAAAUGUCGCCUCCCGCGCCUGCUGUUCCGGGAACAUUGGCGAGCCGGAGUCGCCCAUGUUGCUGCCUGGUGCUUGUUUCUCUUCUUUUACGCCUCCACGAUGACGAUGGCGCGGUGUCAGUUACUGCGCUUUCCCAGCAGCAUCAGCAGACGAAACAUGCAGAAAAACUUGUACGACGGGAACAGGAAGCAGUUGACGUUGACUACGACGCUUCCGAGCGGCCGGCUUCAUCGCCAUCAGCUCCCAAGAAAGGCAACGGCGCGGCGCACUACGACGACGAUCCGCAUCGCGACCAGCCUUUACACGCCGUUCGAAGCGAUGACUUUUCCGACAUGGGCGGUCGGAGUGCCGAUGAAACUUUGGUCACGCCUUUGCACCACCUUUUGCAGCAGAUAGAAUCUCACGGGGUCCGUGUUCCUUUUUUUGUGUACGAUAAUCGCGAAUUGACAAUGAACAAUUGGACGCGAGUCUGCGACGGCGAUCGCCAAGGCGCGGAUGUCUCGCUUUUGCAGGCCUUGCGAAAACAUCGGUGGCGUACUACAUCACCGGAGGACGCUGAGAUCUUUGUCGUCCCGACACAAUUUUCGCAGUCGCGAGAAUGCGACAGAAAGGAUGGGGUGGACAAGAAACGCGGACACGAUCGACGCACGCGCACAGCGCUCGACUGGCUCUUCACGCAUAGUCCCUGGUUUCGCAAAAGGCGGGGACGCGACCACCUCUUGUUUGCGAACCCGUGGUACUUUUCCCGGUUGACCAACGUACGUGAUGAGUACAUACCAAAAGAUGCUUGGCCAGCAUUGAGUGAGACCAUUCUGACGCGCGAAGAAGUAAUACACAUGUCCUCCUGGGAAAACUCUUUUGAAAGAGACCCCGAAGCCUGGUGGCGGCACCCGCAGGCUUUGUUCUCCGUACCAUGGGAAUCGACAAAGCGCAGCGUCGUGACUCCUCUUGAGGUGCACCCCGGUCUGGAAAUUGUGCCCGCGGAGUUCACGCUAGCUUGGAAAAAUCGCCCACACCUGAUCUUCUACCGCACGAGAAAACCACCGUCCUAUCAAUUGCAAGGCCAUUAGUCCGCGGAGCUUGUUGUUGCCGCACACCCUUUCUCUUUCAGCCUCAACCUCAUUUAGAAUCUAUGUUGUCAUUAUUUUUUGUUUUUCUGCUUUCUACUUUUUUUGAUGGGCUCGUUAUCGUUUCUACUUAUGUAUGUUGCUCAUCUAGUUGAGAAGCGUCCAUGAUGCUGUUCGUCACCUAGUCAAGAAGCGCAAGUCUUUUUCUGCUGGGGUUCUGCUUUUUGUAAAUACUUUAUUUUAUUUGGGGAAGGGUGACGACAUGCAUCCGAUUCAAUUGCCUUUCCAGCGCUUGAUAGUACAGCCUUCGGUGCAACUUCGCUUCGCCACUUACCGACCAAGAACCCAAAGUUGUGGCCAAACUGCAAUAUCGGCUUCGAUACGACUCGAGAGGAGUGGCUCCGUGGCUGGAAGGACGCAAAGUUUUGCCUCGUUAUCCGCGGAGACACUCCGAGCACGCACGCACUCUUUCACGCGAUCGCGUCUUCGUGUAUUCCCGUGCUCAUCGAUGACUCUUUGCCUCAUGUCGGUGUACCGUUUUCCGAGGACAACCGCGUGGCUGGCACAACCGCCCAGCUGUUUCCAUCGACCAAAAAUGUUACAUCUUGGGCCGUAGUUAUCCCCGAGGCCGAAUUUCUUGUGCAUCCGGAGCGAGUAGUCUCUCGACUUGAGCAAAUAAGCGACACCGGAAGAGCAGACCUCCUUGAAAACUUGCGCGAAAUGCAGCCAUUGCUGUUGUACCAGCAUCCGGAGUCGCAGGUGGCUACACUGACGCUGAUCCAGGCCGCGCAUCAACGAGAUUUGAGUUUUUCCGAAGAUGCCGCACCACAAAGGUGAAAAGUCAUGAAAAUGAACACUAAAUUUUCAGCGACGUGAGUAUAAUGAAACUGCAAGUCCAAUUUGAUGUAUGAUAGUCCAGAAAAAUGAAAAUCUAAAACUAAAUGACCUUCGUGCAUGAUUAAGAUUAAGCAGGGCGAAGAACUGGUCGGAAACACCUCGUCGACCUGCAGCUCCGACAACAAAAAACCCACGUUCUCUCUUAUUCGAGAUAGACACAGAAAGAGAAACAAAAU